GGUAACUCCUGGAGCAGGGAUUCAAUGCUGUGGUAGGUGCAUUCACAGGACUGUCUUACUCGAUCCUCACAAUCGUGCUGGGAGAUGACGUGUGAAGAGAUGAGAACAGAAGACAAUGCUUCCACAAUAACAGAAUUCGUACUCUUGGGAUUUUCUGACCUUCCAAACCUGCAAGGGUUACUAUUUGGGGUGUUCUCCAUCAUUUACAUUAUUGUCUUAAUUGGAAAUAGCCUCAUCAUAAUAAUAACCAGGCUUGACGCUGCACUAGAGACACCCAUGUAUUUUUUCCUGGCAAAUUUUUCCUCCUUGGAAAUCUGUUAUGUGUCUGUCACUCUCCCCAGGAUUCUGGUGAACCUUUGGACUCAAGAUAGAAGCAUUUCUAUACUGGGCUGUGCCACUCAGAUGUGCUUCUUCCUUAUGCUUGGAGCCACUGAAUGUUUCCUGCUGGCAGUGAUGGCCUAUGACCGCUAUGUGGCCAUUUGUAACCCUCUGCACUACCCUCUAAUCAUGAACCACGAGUUGUGCCUCCAGCUGACUGUCAGCUCCUGGAUCGGUGGAAUUCCAGUCCAGAUAGGGCAAACAUGUCAGAUUUUCUCUCUACAUUUCUGUAAUUCCAACCACAUUAACCACUUCUUCUGCGACAUACCCCCCAUCCUCAAGCUCGCGUGUGGGGACACUUGGGUGCACGAAGCAGCGGUCUAUGUAGUAGCUAUGUUGUUUGUCACAGUUCCUUUUAUGUUGAUUCUUGCCUCUUACAGCAAAAUCAUUUCCACCAUUCUGAGUUUGCCAACCGCUGGAGGACGGGCCAAAGCCUUCUCCACCUGUUCUUCCCACCUGCUGGUUGUUCUUUUGUUCUUUGGAUCAGCUUCCAUCACCUACUUAAGGCCCAAAUCCAAUCAUACGGCAGGAAUUGACAAACUGCUCUCUCUUUUCUACACCAUAGUGACUCCGAUGUUUAACCCCAUGAUAUACAGCCUUAGGAACAAGGAUGUGAUUGCAGCACUGAAAAGACUAUUACUCAAAAAGAUAGUGUGA